GCGGGGUCUGGGAGGGGCGCGGAGCACCGGCUCGGCGCGGUACCGCUUGUGAACGGGCCGCCAGGAGCGUGUGACUGAGGCGCUGAGAGAUACGAACUUUGUGCCUGAGUGAAAAAGCUUUUCCAGGAUGGCUUUGAAUUGCUACUGGGGAGUCUUGGCAGUCUGUAUGAUGACUUUUCCAAGCACACUUUGUUUCCAGCAGGACCAGUCCAGAGUGUUACUAUUAUCUUUUGAUGGAUUUCGAUGGGAUUAUAUUUAUAAAGUCCCAACGCCUAACUUUCAUUAUAUCAUGAAGAAUGGUGCUCAUGUUAAACAGGUUACUAAUGUAUUUAUUACAAAAACUUAUCCUAAUCAUUAUACAAUGGUGACAGGUCUCUAUGCAGAGAGCCAUGGCAUGGUUGCUAAUGAAAUGUAUGAUCCUGUCCUGAACAAAACUUUCUCCCUGAACAGCAUGAACAUCUAUAAUUCAAAGUUCUGGGAAGAGGCCUGUCCAAUAUGGGUCACCAAUCAAAUGGAAGGACAUAGAACCGGAGCUGCUAUGUGGCCUGGAACAGAUGUAAAAAUACAUGGAGUCUUUCCUACACACUAUAUGUUUUACAAUGAGUCUGUUUCAUUCGAAGAUCGAGUUAACAAACUUAUUGAUUGGUUUACCUCAGAAGAACCCAUAAAUUUUGGUCUUCUGUAUUGGGAGCAGCCUGAUGCGAUGGGGCAUGUUUUAGGCCCAGAAAAUCCACGUAUGGGCGCAGUCAUUAGUGAGAUUGAUGACAAGCUGGGAUAUCUUGUGUCAGAACUGAAGAAAGCAAAGUUGUGGGACACACUGAAUAUCAUAAUCACAAGUGACCAUGGAAUGACACAGUCUUCUUCAGAAAGGCUCAUAGAGCUUGAUCGAUAUGUGGCUAGAGAGCUGUAUACGAUGGUUGACCAUUCUCCUGUGGUAGCGAUUUUGCCAAAAGAAGGCAAACUUGAUGAAGUGUAUGAAGCCUUGGUCAAUGCUCAUCCCAACAUGACUGUUUAUAAAAAGGAGGAGAUUCCGAAUAGAUUACAUUACAAACACAACAGUAAAAUUCAACCAAUCUUAGCAAUGGCUGAUAAAGGAUGGGAAAUCUUACAUAACAAGUCUGAUCAACUUCUCUUGGGUAAUCAUGGAUACGACAACGUCCUACCAGAAAUGCACCCAAUCUUCUUGGCCUAUGGUCCUGCCUUUAGAAAGAAUACCACCAAAGAAGCCAUGAGUCUCACAGAUCUGUAUCCCUUGUUGUGCCAUCUGCUUAGUAUCAGUCCAUUGCCAAACAAUGGGUCACUCAGCAAUAUGGAAGAUAUGCUUCUUAUGGAAGUUCCAAGAGACCUGAAUCCUAGAUAUUAUGCACAGGAGUCCUAUGCCUAUUUUAUAGGAGUUUUUCUUGGUAGCAUUCUUGUUGUUGUUUUUCUUUUAGUUUUUAUUAAACACUUAAUCCACAGCCACCUACCUAGCAUGCAGGUGCAACACUCUGAAAUUUCCCAGCCAUUACUACAAGGGUAAUAUUAUUUUCCAAUGAAGGCACUUUAAUAAAAACAAUGAAAAGUUAUUCUAGCUAUUCUGAGCUUAAAAGUUUUCCUAGAAAUUAGGUAAGUAGAUCUGCGAAAAUUAAUACAUGUGGUGCACUGGAGUAAAUGUGUAACAGAUGCAUACAGGGAGAGCUUGUUUCUGUUGCUCUAUAUAACCACUUGAUUUUUCAGGGUUGAAAACCCUCUAGAUAACACUGGAAGGAUAUGUGUGUAGAGAUUUAGUAACUUUAAACUCUUGGAUACUUCAUUUUGGGCUAAUAUUAGGGAAGUAGAAAUCAUUUUUGGAUUCACUAAGCUCUUGGUCUUCUGAAUUUAAACAAAUCAUGGAUUUAAACAAAAAUCUGUUUAGGUUAAGAAAAGAGUGCAAGGGAUCCACAGUGGAAGGAUGGGCAGAUUAAAUGUAUACUAUCCAAAAUGCUCUGAUUUUGUGCAUUCAACAUAAAUAUCACUAGGAUAGUGUUUGUACAAGUUGCAAGUUGCAUUUUGGUCUUUAAUUGUAGCAGGCAGGGUUGUGCAUUUCUAAAUUGAGUUAUAUGACCCACAGAAGGCUGGUGUUUCAUGGGCUAUAUCUUAUUGUUAAAGUGGGAUGGGCAAGAAUACUGAAACUGAGUUGGUAGUCACAGAAUUCAGUUUCAAAACUCGGCAUGGUAUAUAACUUAAUCUGACUCAUGUCUGAAAUUCUGUUGUAAUUGUCCUGGGGAGCAUGUGCUAUUGCUCCACCUCCAUCUUGGUUUAGGUAGUCAAGGAAAAUCACCCUGUGGCCAUAGUGCCAAUAAUGUAAAGCUGCCUGUUGCUGGAGUAGCCCACAACCUGUUUUUAGUGAGUCAGGUGAUAACAAAAGUAGACUUGUCAGUAGCUUGUCAGUAGUUUAUCAGACAAAUAAUUCUUCUAAAACAGAUGAAAAUGGUGUUCACAGUAGUGGCUAAGACCUUGAAGUUCAGAGCAGAUGAACCUAGAUUAAAAUCGGGCUACCAGUAAACUUUAUUCACAGGAAGGUCAGGAUCCACUGCAAUUUUUACUUUGGCAGUCUUGUCCUCAGGAAUUGGUGGAAAGUAUCUUGGUUGGACGGUAAGGGGAGACGUUUUGAUGUAUAAAAUCUGUACCUUUUCUGAUCUUAGUAACCUAUAUGCAAUAAUUCUUGCAGAUCAAUAGAAUAAAUAUUCACAUACAAAACUGAGA